UAUUCGAGCGAGAACAUCUAAAGGACAGUCUUUUCAAGAACUUUUCGAAAUCAUCUGAAAAAUGGGUUGCUGUGCGAGUAGUUUGAAGCUGAAGGAGCUAUCCCUGAACAGCAGUGUCUACGUGGCGUCCGGCAAGUCCAGGAAGCGCCUUUACAGCAGCCGGAACAGCAGUGGCAUGGGGAGCUCCUCUUCCUCCUCUGGAGCCUUCACCUCUGGAGCCUCCUCCUCCGCCGGGAGCAGCAGUCGCAGCAUCUGGAGUCGCUCGAAGACCUCGCAGCCCAUCUGCGAUGACUUUGCCGAGCAGCCACAACUGGAACGAUCCUGCGGCUACUACACCUGCUCCAGCGCCGAUUCCUCGCCCAGGAAGAGCCACCAGCCACUGGACAAGUCCUCUACUUCCUCCCUCGGAGAGGAGGAGUGCCAGGAGAAUCCUCUGAUGCGCACUCAGGACAUGGAGGACACCCCCCUGGUGGGCAACCUGGAGUGGGAAAUGUACAUGAUGCAACAGGCCCAGAGGAUAAUGCCCAAGACCUCCUCGCCAAUCUGCCAGAGACGCAACCAGGGUGUGAUCCCCGCCAGCUCGUACCAGAAGUGGCGCAACUACCUCCAGUCCACCCCGGCUCACAUGCUGCACAACGUCACCCACAUCCCAGAGGCCAUUGCCGGCCACUUCUGCCCCACCGGCUUCCCCGGCUUCAGCGACCUGGAGGAGAUGGAGAGUGCGGCGAAGCGGUUCAAGGUGGAUGUGCAUGUGGAGGAGGAGGAUUUGCCAGAGGAGCCGCUCUACACCACUUCCCAGUUGCUGGCCGGGCACACCUACACACAGAUCAUCUCCACCGAUCUCUAGGAGAAUCUAAAACAAAAAAAAGGGAAAAUCUCACCUAUCUCCGCAUGGUUCGGAGACGGAUGAUGAUUCCCCAGGACCUGGAUCUGGAUCAGGAUCUGGCAAGGACUGGCAACAGGUGUGCCAGCUGUCUAACAGUUGGGCUCUCAUCCAAAAUCAUUUCCAAAUUGCCCAGCAAUCAUACUUUUUUUUUAUAAACUAAAUUUUAAGAAAA